AUGUCUGUAAGCACCAGCGCAAUAGCCGCUGACACCUCGUGUAUUCCCGUUUCCUCCUGCGCUGAUGGUUCCUACGCCCUGCUCGGUGGCGAUGACGCCGUGCGCGGUCGUACGUUAACACCGCCACCGCCACCACCGCCGUCGUCGUCGACGCUCCUAACCGACAAUGGAAUAACGGGGGAGGAGCAGGAAGGAUCUCACACGCAUGGUCAUCCAUCUGCGAACCCCUUUUCUGGCUGCGCCACCUCCUGCGUGUCCUGGCACUACGACCCCUCCUCUGCGUCUCAUCACCAGGCGCACUCGCGCGCGGUGCCGAUGUCGCUGGAGCUCACCGGGUAUCAUAUAAACACCGGAGCGACGGACACCACUCCGCUGCGGCAUGCAGAGGUGCGGGAGAUGCUGGUGACCACAGAGCGGGAGUUGGCGGAGGCGAGGGAGGAGUGUGCACAGCGGGGCUCGGAGGUGGAUGCCCUCCGCAUGGCUCUGGCGCGGGAGCAGGGCAUAAACCAGAGCGCCCAGGCGCGGCAUGAGGAGUCUCUGCGAGAGUUGCGUGAGGAGCACGCGGAGCAGACGCAGCGGCUGCUGGACCAGAUCACACUGUUGAAGCGGCUGUCUGAGGGGGUGAUGGAGGAGAAGUCAAGGCUUACGGAGGAUGCUUCGCAGCGGAAGCAGCAGCUUCUCGCCCUGCUGGAUCGUGAGCGGGAGGAGAAGAGUCAAAUCAUGGCGGACUACCGGCAGCAGACGGAGGCCCUCAUUGCCGACCAGGGAAAGGAAAUCACCUCGCUGCGAGGCACGCUGCAGUCACUGCGCGAGGAACAGGAGCGCCUAUUCACCGAGCAGCAGGCGCUCGAAGAACAGAAGCAGGCGCUGGAGCAGAAAGUGUCGCAGCUUGGGGAGAAGCUCGCCAAGGAACGUAUGGAGUGUGAAAAUAAGCUGCAAGAAGCGAAUCAGCGCCACGCGCGCAGACUGGACGAGUUGAUUGCGCAGAACGAGGAACUCUCGAGUCGCAUGGAUGGGGAGGUCAGUAAACUGCAGGAGCGGCGUCAGGAGCUGGAGGACCAGGUGCGGAGCCUUACGGAGCGGCUGCGGCGGCAGGAGGAGAGCUACGUGUUGGAGCAGCAGACCCUGAAGGAAGCGUACAAGCGCGAGGUCUUGGAUAUUCGCAACGAGCUGCAGGCGGCGAUGGAACAACGCGAACAGCUGGAGGAGCAGCACCAGAAGGACCGACAGAAACUUUUAAAAAAUGAGGAGAAGCUUAUCCAGUCGCUGCGCCAGGCAGUAGAAGACAUGCGACAGGAGAAGGAGACUGUGGCCAAGGAAGCGGCGCAGCAGCAAGGAGAGAUGCAGGAGAAGCACUGGGCGAAGGUCAACCAGCUGCAGAGCACUGCAGAAAGUCUGCGACGCCAGCUUGCAGAGGAAACGGCGCUGCGAAAAGACGCGGAGUCGGAGCGGGAUCUUGUAACGGUGCGGGCGGAUGGUCUGCAAGGCACCGUGAACCGCUUAACGAAUGAGCUGGAGACGCUGCAGGUAGAGUACCGUGCCCGGGAGCGGGCGGCUGGGCAGGAGCGGCAGAAUAGCUUGGAUCAGCUACGUUCGCAGCUUCGCGAGCGCGCCGGUGAAGUGGAGGCAUUGCAGCAGGAGGUUACACGGCGCGAGAUGGAGGAGCAUAGGCUCCGCGACGAACUGGUGGCAAAGGUGCAGGCCUUGCAGAACACUCGGGCGGAAAGCAAACGGUUGCUGGAGGAGAUGCAACAGGCCGCCGACGAUCGAGAGCGGGAGACGGUGGAACGGGAGAGUGAGCUCUCGAAGACCGUCAUGCUUAGCCGGGCACAAAAGACGCAAGUAGAGGCCGAGUGCCAGCGUCUGCAGCGGGCCAUCGCGGAGCUCGAGGGGCGCCAACAGUCGUGCGAGAGGCAGCUAGCGGAGGAGCGACAUGCCCUGGAGGCGGCGACGGCGGCGGCGCAGCGAUCGAGCGAAGAGGCGGAGGAGAACAAGGCGGUCCUCCGUCGGUCACAGACGCGCCAGCAGGAGCUCGAAGAGGAACUGCGACGCAGAAGCGACGACCUGGCGGCCGCGGAGUCGCGAGUGGUAGAGCUAGAGGCCGCGCUCGAGACGGCCACUAGUGAGACGGCGCAGCAGUCUAAGGAGGCGGUGCGAGCUGCAAAGGCCCACGAGGCGGAGUUGCAGUCGUUGCUGCAGCGACAGCAGGCGGAGGUGGCGGCGCUGCGCCUCGCGGCGGACCAGAUGCGUGGCGAUGUCGCUAAGGCACGCGAGCUGGCCGCGGUGAAAGAUGAGGAGAUGCACCGCCUGCGCGAGGAGGUGAACCAACUCCACCGCGACGCGGCAAUGCAGACGGGGUCCUGGCAGGAUGAGCUGGCGGAGUCCAGGGAGGUGCACGAGGAGGACAUGCGGCGCAUGGACGAGGUGCUUUACACGCUGCGCGCCAAUCUCGGCCGCGCACAGGCAGCCAAGGUGCAGUGCCAGAAGGAUGCGGCGCAGCUGCAACGUGAGGCGGAGCGGCAACGUGCACAACUUGAGGAUAUGCUUUCGCAGAUGGAAGCGGCGAAGGAGAAGCUGCAGGAGGACGCCCGCUAUCGUGAGCAGCUUAACAACGAGCUGCAGGGCACAGUGAAACUUCUCUCCUCACGACUCGCGUCACAGGAGGACGACAUCCGACGGAUGCAGGAGGAACUGGCGGAUGUGAACAGCAAGCUGCACAACGCACACACCUUUCUUGGGCGGAAGGAUGCCACCAUCGGGCAGUUGACCGCACGACUCCGUGCGUACGAGGCGAGGACCGGGGUGUCUUUAACGUGA